UCGUAUUCCCCGCGUGGGACUGUGAACUCAAACAGUGUUAUCCCAGCGUGAAGGCGAGCUCAGACUUUCAGGUCGAGCUCGUCCGUCUCUGCUCCGCCGCACUCCGCAGAAGCCGAAGCUUCCACCGCCGCCGCACCGUCGCCGUCGUCCCGGCCGGCGGUUAUGUCUUCGUCGGAAUCGGAAAUUCAAGCCUUCGACGUCCUCUCCGACCUCGACCUCGACCUCGACGACCUCGUCGAUUCACCUCGUUGCUCCGAUCCAGACGACGUCCUCGAGAUCAUGUCCGACCGUGCGGACGAGGAGCGACAUCCAGGGCUCGAGGCCGAGCACGACGACCGCCCCGUGCGGCCCCCCGAGCCUUCCGCGCCGUCGCCGUCGUCCCAAGUCGCCGGCUUGACGUGCGGCGGAGCCGAAAUCAUCGGCAUCGACUCGGACUCGGGCUGGGACUCGGAGUAUCUGGACUCGGUCGCGUCGGGUUCGCAGCUCGAUGUGGGGGAGGAGUCCGAUUGGGAAGAGGCGAUGGAAGGAGCAGUGGGUGGGAUUGAGCAAGCGAUGGCAUCGCCGGAGCGGGAAGGGCCGUCGCGAGACCCCGAUCGGGAGCUCUCGUUCAGUUUCCCCCCGGAAGGUUCGGGCGUAAACCCUAAUUUGGAUUCGGAUCCUGUGUUUGUCAUUGAAGGUGACUAUGUUGAUACCGAUGAGAUUUUCGCUGCAGUGGCGCAGCAGAUUCUGCGGAACGAGAUCGCCAGAAGAGGCGAUUCGCCGGCCUCGGCGAGGGUCGUGGAGGACCUGCCCCUGUUUACUGUGGGCAAAGAGGGAUUGGGAACUGGUGAUGGGGUUUGUGCGGUUUGCAAGGACAUGUUCGUUGAGGGGGAGAAGGUGAAGGUGUUGCCUUGCGUGCAUCGCUACCAUCAAGACUGCAUCUUGCCGUGGUUGAGGAUGCAUAACACUUGCCCGGUUUGCCGGUUUGAGUUGCCGAAAGAGGACUUGAGGCUGGGAAUGCGGAGAACCAGGAGGGAUGGAGGUAUGGAUGGGGGUGGACUGCAGUGAUACGCCAAUUUGAGAUGUGCAAAUUACAUGGAAACACAGUGUUGUUGAUGAAUUAUCUGAAUGGUGAUUAUCAUUGAGCUUUUUACUGGCUCAGUGUUGAUUGUUUCCAAAAAAUGAUGUGAUUUUUUGCAGAGUUGCAUGUAUUCCGAAGUUUCAUCCAGAUACGGUGCCUCUAUGUAUAGCCCAAGUUGUAUUACAGUUGACUGGUUAUAUAUCUCUGUGGUUCUUGCUAAGUACAAUGUACAAUUGAUAUGUUCUUUAGCAGUUCAUAAACACCAUUUUGUGAACCGAUUUAGUACAUUUCAACUGGUUUUUCAAGAGUGAUGAAAGACUGCGUAUGGGUUUCUAUUUGAA